UGAUGGUGCUCUAAGCUCUGUUUCAAAAAGAAGCUCUGUUUCUCUACACGCUCCUUCAAGCUGUUCCACCCUUUGUUGAUCGUCGGAAUCUAUUAAAAACGUAAAAGAUGGAGUUGGAUCCAAAGAAGAUUAUUGAAGUAUUGGAGAAAUAUGAAGCUGAAGCUGAUCAGAUUUUCCUAAUUCGAAGUCAGAUGGUGGAGAGCGACAGGGAGAGGAACGCGAACCGAGAGGCUCUUACAGCACUUAGGAACAAAGCCCGGACAACAAAGACUGAACCAACGUGGAUGAUGCUCCCAGGAGCUGACCUUUUUGUUGCAGUUCCUUUCCAUGCUGUGCAUACAAUGCUGGAAAAAGAUGAAGAGAAGAUGGGGUUUGAAUCGAAGAAAUUGCAGAGCUUAGUUAAGGAGAAGACUUUUUUUCUAUCUGAACUUGGACCUCUUGCUGAUUGUAUUCCUCCCGGCGUUAUCAGAUCUUUGGUUGCGUUAAAGGACAAACCUUAA